UACAUACUCGAUCAAUUACAAAUUACGAAAAUGGACAAUUAACAUAUUUUUACCAGAGAAGAAAAAAAGGACAUUUAGAAGACAAAAAUAGAAAGAAUCUAUAGACGAUGAUUAUUAUAAGUGCAUGAAUUAACUCUUGCGUGGAAGAAGAAUCAUAGCUUCAUCGUUCUCUCUCCCAAGAAAAAACUCCAAAACCCUAAACCAAAUCGACGAAGAUGCCAACUUUUUAUACUGGUAAAGACGAUUUAGCUGUGGCGAAUCUGCUUUCACAAGCAAAAGAUCACUACGUUCUUGAACAAGUCGCCAAAAUCAACUGCUCUGGCUUCACCGACGACUCUGCUCUUCCCUCUAAUCUCGAAACCCGUACCCGUUUACGUCGUCUCAAAUCUCUUCCGGUUUCUAGAUCCUACUCGGUUGCUUCGUCCUCGAAGAAGAAGCUUCUCUCUCAGUCCAAGACAUUGGCAAGUUACCCUAAGAAGAAGAGUUGUGGAAACGGUUCCUCUGUUUCUUCUUUUUCAAGUUUCUCAGGAAAUCUAACUGGAAACUCUUGUCCUUUAGAUUCAUCUGUUGGAAUCAAACGUGAUACGAGUGUCAAUUCGAGGUUUGAGAAGAAAUCACGAAGUGGAUUUGGAGAUUUCUCAGAUUCUGGGAGAAUUGGUUAUAGUUCAUCAAAACGGCUAAACCCUAAGUUUUUGACUCCAACAACACAAACCCUGAAGCUUCGUCCUAAAGAGAACUCAAGAACCAGUUCAACUUCACUAACCUCCAUUGAUUCAGCUUCCCCAUCAUCUUAUCUGGACCAAAGGGAAGGAAUGAACAAAUCGAAAUCGAGGUUUUUAAGAUCAUGGUUUGAUAAGUUACCCCUAGCACAAGCCAUGGACGAUUCAGCUGUGGAGGAUCUGCUUUCACAAGCUAAAGAUCACUACGUUCUUGAACAAGUCGCCAAAAUCAACUGCUCUGGCUUCAUCGACGACUCUGCUCUUCCCUCUAAUCUCGAAACCCGUUUCCGUCGUCUCAAAUCUCUUCCGGUUUCUAGAUCCGACUCGGUUUCUUCGUCCUCGAAGAAGAAGCUUCUCACUCAGUCCAAGACCAUGGCAAGUUACCCUGAGAAGAAGAACCAUGGAAACGUUUCCUCUGUUUCUUCUUUUUCCAACCAAGUUGGAAAGUCUUGUCCUUUAGAUUCAUCUGUUGAUGAACAAAUUUUCUCGAGAACAAAAUGUAAUCAGAGUGUGAGUUCACGAGGUGGGCUUGGAGAAUCUUCAGGUUCUCGGAGAAUCGGUUCAAGUUCAUCGAGAUUUUCUUGUGGAAACGUGUCCUCUGUUUCUAAACUCUCCGAUUUCUCGGGAAAGUCUUGUCCUUUGGAUUCAUAUGUCGAGGAAACACAGAUUUUCUCAGGAAUCAAACAUAAUCCACGUGUGAAUUCACGAAGUGGGCUUGGAGAUUUCUCAGAGAGAAUCGGUUCGAGUUCAUCAAGAUUUUCUCGAGAAGGUAAGAUCUCGACUGCAACACAAACCCUAAAGCUUUUACCUAAAGAAAAAUCAAGAAUCAGCUCACCUUCAUCUACUUCCAUUGAUGUAGCUUCACUAUCAUCUGAUCAAAACCUAAAAGAGAGAUCGAACAGGAAAUCGAAAUCAAACUCGAAGUUUUUAACAUCAUGGUUUAAUAAGUUAUCUCCAGCACAAGCCAUGGGUUGCUUAAGACAUACUCCAAACAAAUCAUCACCUAACAACAAAAAAGAAGUGUAUUGGGAAGAGGAUUUGAAAAAGGAGGCCAAGGCGUCAUUCAAAGAAACAGAGCAGGUGCUAAGAAAAGCAAAUGGAGCCGUCAAAAGGUUAAGAAGAUUGAGGUCUGAAUCAAAAUUUGAUUAACUAGGAAUGUUGUUUUGACGACCAUUACUAGUUGCAUAUCUUUUUUAGUUGUUACAACUAAACAUUUAUUGGAUAU